AUGGCGUCUCUCGCUCGAUAUGUUGGCCGCCUGGCCGUCAGUGGUUGUUCUUCUGGAGGUGUAAGCAGCAGCAACUGGAUUUACUCAGCAGCGGCUGCUGGCGCAGUAUCUGUGCAGAAGAAUGCUUCGACUGUACAGCCCCUAAGUCGGGGUUUCUUCACCCUUUCCAGGCCGCGCCAAGGCAUCGUCCGUUUUAAUCUUGCUGACAUUGGAGAAGGUAUUGCGCAUGUUGAACUGACAAAGUGGUAUAAAGCCGAGGGAGAUGAUGUCGAGGAGAUGGAUGAGGUAUGCGAGGUGCAGUCGGACAAGGCCGCAGUCGAAAUCACUAGCCGGUACACCGGCAAGAUCGUCAAGCUUUACGCGAAGGAAGGAGACACGGUAAAGAUUGGGGGGCCACUGAUGGAUAUAGAUUCGCCGGAUGUGGAAUCAGACUCAUCGUCGUCUUCUCCUGAGGAACCUGUAUCAGAAGAAGUGCAGUCAGAAAAGGUGCAACCAAGGGUGGAAACGCGUUCUUCAUCCGAGGGAGCGCAGGCCCUUGUUUCUCCAGCUGUGCGCCGCCUUGCGAAGGAGAACCGAAUCGAUUUAGAAAAUAUCAAGGGUAGCGGACCGCGAGGAACAAUAACUAAGGACGACGUCUUGAAGUAUAUCAGUUCGUCAUCUACGUCGUUUACUCCAAGUUCUCCAACUCGUUCCUCGUCUUCAACCUCCUCCGGAGGAAGCACACAAGGCAGCCGAGAAGUUGAACUGCAAGGCUUUUCCAAGGCCAUGGUUAAGUCGAUGAAUGAGAGCUUGAAGGUCCCCCACAUGAACAUUGGUGACGAAUACGAUGUCACACGUCUGACUGCCGUUCGCGAAGUCCUGAACAAAAAGCUUGCAGCAGAGCAGAAUGUAAAGGUCUCUCUGACUGCUUUCCUAAUCAAGGCAAUGAGUAUCGCUAUUCAUGAGUAUCCUAUUGUUAACUCUAAGUUCAACACCACCACGCAAAGCUCGUACACAGAAUUUGAGUCCCACAACGUCAGCGUGGCCAUUGACUCGCCCAGUGGCUUGGUGGUGCCCUGCGUCAAGAACGUUCAAGACCUUACUCUCGUAGAAAUUCAAGAGGAGUUGAUCAGGCUGCAGGGGCUAGCAAAGGCUAACCGCCUCUCUCCUGCCGAUUUGACUGGCGGGACGAUCAGUCUGUCGAAUGUCGGUGUGAUCUCAGGCACCUACAUUCAUCCCCUGCUAUUUGACGGCCAGGCAGUUAUUGUUGGCGUCGGCAGAGUGCAGCGCUUGCCUCGUUUGGUGGAGAGAGAGAGCUCUGAAGGCUUUGAGACGUCUCUCGAAGGCAGAGACAUCAUAAACUGCAGCUUUUCUGCAGACCAUAGACACUGCGAUGGGGCCACGAUCACAAAAUUCAGCAAGAGCAUUAAGAAUUUGCUGGAGAACCCCGAACUGAUGCUGGCCUACCUCAAGUAG